AUACGAAUAACCAAGAGUUUCACCGUUGUCGAGCGCCCGAACGAAAAUUCAACGCGUGUGUUCUAAGUGCUUUGAAAUUAGAAAAAAUCAUCCCGGAUUCUCCGCAGGGAAAACCACCGAUUCAUCUUAAAGAAAACCCUCUGUAUUCAUAG